AUGAAGAUGUCGCCCCCAGAUCGCAGGAAAAACAUGCGAGACUUCGCAAUAGAAAUAGGCAUUCGGGUCCUGCUCUUCGGAGUUUUCGUCUUCACCGAGUUCCUGGAGCCCUUUGAACGAGUGAUCCAACCCGAGGAGGUUUGGCUAUACAAGAACCCCCUGGUGGAGUCCGAUCACAUCCCGAAGAGGGUCAUGUUUGCUAUUUCCUUCCUGACUCCUCUGGCAGUUAUAUUUGUGGUGAAGAUCAUCCGCCGGACGGACAAGACGGAAAUUAAAGAAGCGUGUCUGGCUGUCUCCCUGGCCCUUGCCCUGAACGGCGUUUUCACCAACACCAUCAAGCUGAUAGUGGGCAGGCCGAGGCCUGACUACUUCCAGCGCUGUUUCCCAGAUGGACAAAUGAAUGCCAAGAUGUUGUGCACUGGUGAGCCAAACCUGGUUUCUGAGGGACGCAAGAGUUUCCCCAGUAGUCAUUCCUCCUUCGCAUUCUCGGGCCUGGGCUUCACAUCCUUCUACCUGGCCGGGAAGCUGCAGUGCUUCACGGACGGCGGGCGCGGCCGCAGCUGGCGCCUCUGUGCCAUCGUGCUACCCCUCUACAGCGCCAUGAUGAUCGCGCUGUCCCGCACCUGCGACUAUAAGCACCACUGGCAAGACGCCUUUGUGGGCGGAGUCAUCGGCCUGGCUUUCGCCUACAUCUGCUAUCGGCAGCACUACCCCCCUUUCCUGCACAUAGACUGCCACCUGCCUUAUGCCAGCCUGGCUGCCCAGUCUGGCAUCCAACAGGAGGAGGCCUCACCCACCGACAACGCCACCAGCCUGCCCCUGGAGGGCCUCACGGAGGGACCCGUAUGACUAAUAGAGACCGCCAGCCCAGCCCCCCAUCAGCACGACCUCCCUGCCGUAAGGACUACAAGCACUUAAACAUUCCAGUGGACCCGACUCCUGUACCGCCCCCUCCUCCUGUCCUCGCCCUCCUUAUGUCAUUGUCUCUUGUCGAUGAUCUUGUUGUACCUGACUGACCCUGUGCACACACUGUGGAGAAGACGUGCCAGAGAGCGGAUCAGGGUGGAGAGCAAGAAGAAGGAAAGGGCUACAACCGCAGCCCCCCCAGAAAGCGACUGGCACGCUCGUAACAGCCUCUUCAUUAGCACUAGCUAAUGCAAGGCUCUCAAGUUCCAUCAGAACUUUGGAGUGAGAUUACAUUAGGGGCGACACGUGUGUCUCACGGUCGGCGCGUGAGACUUGAGAGCCCAGCCUGCCGCAUUCAUUGGAUCUUGCUCUGCCACUUCCACCUUUCCUGCACUCCAUCUGUGUGCGCAUCCAUGUAAUAAUGUGCUUGCAGCAGGAUUACGUGUUGCUUAUUUUGGGAUUUACCCGGAAACAAGAAAUGCUAUAUUCUGAUUGGCUGGUAGCUAUUAACUCUGUGUAACUCGAGACAGUCAUGAACUCGGUGGAAAACUCCACUCUGUAUUCUUGCGCAUCGUCCACUAAUUCUAUAUAACGGGACACCUUGGUGGGUGUUAUCCCUUACAUCUCAGCGUGAGAAAUACAAGGUGUGACGUGUGAGCGUGUGAACUAAUUGAAAUGCGUGUAUCUCACGGUCAAUGCGUGAGACUUGAGAGCCCUGUAAUGUUUUUUAGCUAACACUUUUAGCGUGACUUCGAAAGUCCAAAUUGUAAAACAGGACUUUUAGGGUGGGGGGCCAAGGACCACCUUGUUUUCACAGGGCCAGUGCUGAAUAUGUAUGCUAUCUACUGCCCGCUAGGCUCAAAUACACCCCCCCCUAAUCAUUAGCAAAUUAAUUACUAGUUACUAAGAUGCAGACAGAUCAUGCAUUUAUCAUUCAUGCCACCAUUAAUCUAGAGGUAUAUAAUUUGGUGGCUCAGAAAAACUGGUUUUUGACAUUUGAUGCAGUUACUACAGAUGGAUUCUGUAACUAAUCUCUGAUAGACAUUGAAAGCUUAGAUGGAAGUAAAAUCAUUUUUCUCUGUUAUUUCUUUGAAAAGGCAGCGGUUGUCCAUAGAAACACAGACAUAAAUACAAAUCUAAUCAGUCUCUUCUGAGUAAUGCUGCCCAGCAAUAUGAAAGAAACCCCUUCCUUUAUGUUUCCAUGUCAUUAGCAACAAGCAAUUUGCCUCAGUACGCACUGAUGUUAAGUCUAAAUUUAGAUUAGAGAUCGAUGAGCUGUGACUGACAAAGAAUUGCCAUAUGAGUUGGGGAAACAAUUUGAGCUGAGCCUUUUAUAAUGACAUUAAUUCUUAGCAUGAAUUGCAGGAAGAGAAUUAUACCCAAACAUAGACAUUAAUGAAGACAUCGUGGUGGCAAAGAGAAACACAUGAUAUGAGGCUGGAUGGAAAAUGUGCUUUAUAUUUGGGGAUAGAAAAGCUUCCCAAGUGAGUUUACAGUAUCCUGGUUCCAGAAUUAGAUAGUUCAGGUCCAUAAAGUGAAAAUCCAGACCAAGAUUUUGUUUCAGCCACCCAGUUGAGUACUCUGUGACUGUGACUCUUUAAACUCAACUGGUCAGUUGAAACCAGCCUGGGUCUCCCUUUUUCCUCCUGAGACUGUCACAAUCCUGCCCCCCACCCACCCCCCCAUCAAAAAUACUAAUUUUAAACAUAAAGGCAUUGUAUCUUCAAGUAGUCAUGGAGAAUAUGCUUCUGGUCAAAUUUCUUACAUGUAAAAACCAAAGAUGAUUACUUAAUGAGUUUAUAUACACCUAAGUCACCCUAAAAUGGCCAUGAUCUUGUUAUUAGUAAAUGAUCUACCACCAGAAUGUAUUAGUAAUUUUAAAAAAUAUUAUUGUGCCCAGAAGAUCACAGGACUUGGCUUAUCAUAGCGAUGAUGCUAAAGUGCAAUUGUGGUUAUCGUUGACCAGGUUGUUCGUUGACCCUCCCCUCCCAGUGCCAGACAAUACGGUGCCUUCACCUCCCUGGGAGGGGAGUCCUCGGCAAAUCCUUCUGUUUACUUGCAGGGAACCUAAGGCAUCACCCAGGUCUGUGGAGGAUAACAUCAUCGGAAUCUGUGAAAAGAAGCGCACGCGUGUGGGUGGAAGUUUAGUGACUUGCCUACGCAUCGCAUGAUUCAUGGUAUCCCAUGACACUGCCCCAUAAUAUGCAUUGUUUGCUUAGUAUGGGGAAGGGAAAUGACUUUUCGUCACACAAAGAUGAACAUCGACGCUUGGGUCGUCCGGGCUUUGACUCUCCAAAAGGGGUGAUCAUGAAUUGGCCUGUUUUCCCAUAUCUGAAGGGAUUCUUGAGAGAUUGUAUAAAGCUAUGUGUUCAUUGGAGUGGAAUGUGCCAUAAAAAACUGACUGUGGAAUCAAAACAAAGAAAUGAGAUGAGAAGGAAGGCUUUUCCAUGGCACAGUUAGUAACAUGACAUUCUGUAGGUGCUAUUAACCUGGGACUGAGCUAUCUGAGAAAUCCAGCUGUCCCUUUGAGAUCUGAGUGUAGAAGUGAAACAUACUCAGUGUUCCUGUAGCGUUUUAGUAUUGCCAGUGCUGUUGUCACUACUCACUCAGUGAGCAGUCGUGACCGCAGCAAACAGCAUCAAGCCCCAUCGUUCCCUUUCGUUAACGGCACCAGAUGUGCUGUGCUGUAGAGUUUUGACGCCCUUUCAGGACACAUCGUCAUGUGGGGCAGAUCAUUACAGUGACAAUAUUAAGCAUCUCAAGACUUUGGGAUUCUGUCCUCGCCUCACAUUUCUCUCAUCGACAGGAGUCUAUUUCAAGCCUAUAUUUUUGAAAACAAACAAAAAAAAAAA